AUGUGUUCGAAAGCUAAUAUCCCAUGGAAGGUCCCUGGACUGCCUGUGCCAAUUGAGAAUUUGAUCCUCCGAUAUGUGAAGCAUAAGGCUGAUUGGUGGACAAAUGUUACUCUCUACAAUCGUGAGCGUAUUAGAAGAGGCGCAACGGUUGAUAAGACAGUUUGUAGAAAGAAUCUUGGAAGGAUGACUCGUCUUUGGUUGAAGGCAGAACAGGAAAGACAACAUAAUUACCUGAAAGGCGGUUGUCCUGUCACUCCGGACGAAGCUGUGGCAACUUAUAGAACUACCGUAGAAUGGCUGGAAGCAAGGAAAUUUUCACCAAUUGCAUUUCCUCCUAUGUCGUACAAACACGAGACGAAGUUGCUCAUCCUUGCCCUUGAGAGACUCAAAGAAUCAUGUGGAGGUGAAAGGUUGAACCAGCAGCAGCGAGAAGAGCUUGGUCUAAUUGAACAAGCAUAUGACAACCCUCAUGAAACUCUAGAACGAAUUAAGCGUCACCUUUUCACGCAGCGUCAGUUCAAAGAAGUGGGCAUUGAGUUUAUGGAUCUCUACAGAAAUUUGAUUCAAGUCUAUGAAACUGAUCCUUUAGAGAAAAUUACGGAUGCCUAUCUUGAUCAAUACCUGUGGUAUGAGGCUGACAAGCGACACUUGUUUCCGAACUGGAUUAAGCCUGCAGACUCAGAGCCACCACCGCUUCUGGUUUACAAGUGGUGUCAGGGUAUAAAUAAUUUGCAAGGUAUAUGGGACACAUCCGAUGGGCAAUGUGUGGUGAUGCUCCAGAAAAAGUUUGAAAAGUUGUUUGAGAAGGUUUAUUUCACAUUAUUGAACAAGCUUCUUCGUUUGAUUGUUGACCCCAGUAUUGCAGACUAUGUGACUGCCAAGAAUAAUGUGGAUCUGUCUUACAAGGAUAUGAGACAUACUAACUUGCAUGGUCUCAUUAGGGGACUUCAGUUCUCAUCCUUUGUUACACAGUUUUAUGGACUAGUGCUGGAUCUUUUGCUUCUUGGUUUAACUAGAGCGAGUGAGAUUGUUGGGCCACCACAGACGCCCAACGAAUUUAUGACCUAUUGGGAUACAAAAGUUGAAACGCGACAUCUAAUAAGACUAUAUUCUCGGUAUAUAGACAAAGUGCACAGAAUGUUUAAAUUUAGCCAUGAAGAGGCUCGAGAUUUUAUUCAACGUUAUCUUAGGGAGAAUCCUGAUCCCAACAAUGAGAACAUGGUGGGGUAUAACAACAAUAAGUGUUGGCCGAGAGAUGCCAGGAUGAGGUUGAUGAAACAUGAUGUCAAUCUUGGUAGAAGUAUCUUCUGGGAAAUGAAGAACCGUCUUCCUCGGAGCCUUACCAGUUUUGAGUGGGAGAAUAGCUUUGUCUCUGUGUACAACAAGAACAAUCCUAGUCUGCUGUUCAGCUUGUGUGGAUUUGAAAUCCGCAUACUUCCAAAAGUCAGGAUGAGCCAAGAAGCUUUCAGCAACAUAGGGGACGGUGUAUGGAAUCUGCAGAAUGAACAGGCUAAAGAGAAGACUGCAUUUGCUUUUCUGCGGGUUGAUGAAGAACACAUGAAGGUUUUUGAGAAUCGUGUGAGACAAAUUUUGAUGUCGUUCGGGUCAUCCACAUUUACCAAAAUCGCCAAUAAAUGGAACAUAACUCUGAUAGGUCUCAUGACUUAUUUUCGUGAAGCCACUUUGCAUACGCCAGAGCUCAUUGAUCUGUUGGAACUCGGUGGGCUUGGAAUGCUAUCUAUGAGUCAUAUUCUAAUCCCACAAAGUGACAUAAGGUAUAGCAGGCAAACAGACGUUGGUGUUACCCAUUUUAGGAGUGGAAUGAGUCAAGAAGAGGAUAUGAAGAUACCCAAUCUCUACCGUUACAUACAGCCAUGGGAAAGUGAAUUUAUUGAUUCACAACGGGUGUGGGCAGAGUAUGCUUUAAAGAUGCAGGAAGCACAGGCCCAAAAUAGACGUCUUACACUUGAGGAUCUGGAAGAGUCUUGGGAUAGGGGAAUUCCGCGUAUAAACACUCUGUUUCAGAAGGAUAGACACACAUUAGCAUAUGAUAAAGGUUGGAGAGUCAGAACCGAUUUCAAGCAGUACCAAGUCUUGAGACAAAAUCCUUUCUGGUGGACUCAUCAGAGGCAUGACGGGAAGUUGUGGAACCUGAACAAUUAUCGAACUGAUGUAAUCCAAGCUCUUGGAGGUGUUGAGAGUAUUCUUGAGCACACUUUGUUUAAGGGAACGUACUUCCCAACUUGGGAGGGUCUUUUCUGCGAGAAGUUGGAUCUAACUGGAAUUUUCAUGCAUGAAAAGAUUCCUACCCUUAAGAUAUCUUUGAUUCAGAUUUUCCGUGCCUAUAUGUGGCAAAUGAUCCACGAGAGCAUUGUUAUGGAUCUUUGCCAAGUAUUGGACCAACAUAUAGAUAGUUUGGGGAUAGAAAGCGUGCAGAAAGAGACAAUUCAUCCAAGGAAGAGUUACAAAAUGAAUAGCUCUUGUGCUGAUAUUCUUCUGUUUGGUGCCUGCAAAUGGCCAAUGUCGAAGCCAAGUUUGGUGACUGACUCGAAUGAUAUGUUUGAUCAGAACGCUAGUAAGAAGUAUUGGAUAGAUGUACAACUUCGAUGGGGAGAUUAUGACUCUCAUGAUAUUGAACGAUACACUAAGGCCAAAUUCAUGGAUUAUACAACGGAUAACAUGUCUAUCUAUCCAGCUCCAACAGGUGUGGUGAUUGGGAUCGAUUUGGCAUACAAUGUGUAUUCUGCUUUUGGUAAUUGGUUCCCUGAUUCAAAAUCUCUGGUUACUAAAGCAAUGAAUAAGAUUAUGAAGUCAAAUCUGACGUUAUAUGUGUUGAGAGAAAGGAUAAGGAAAGGUUUGCAGUUAUACUCAUCUGAGCCUACGGAGCCAAAUUUGUCAUCUCAAAACUAUGGCGAAAUAUUCAGCAAUCAGAUACGAACGUUUAUCGUGUGA